UCGGUAGUCGAUACAGAUAUCAGCUGGUGGGCUGAUAUCUGUAUGGUGGUCAUAUAGAAUGACGAGUACGUGAUUGCCUCUGUUUUUUAAUGAUCUGUAUUUUGUGUGUUUAUGCAUGGUUGAUGUUUGUUUCCUCCCCAUAUGUUUUCACGAUUGCGAUUGCCAUUGAUUCUGGAUUGGCCAUCGCAAUCGUUAUGAUGAUCAAUUAAUAUAUUAUGGACAAAUUGGCCAAUAUUACACACGAGUUAUGAAAACGUGAAAUCCGCCGAAAAAGUUUUAAAAGAAUUCUAUACAUUAUAUCAUUAACAAUCAGCCAAAAUAGCCAGGUGCUGAAAAGGCCAAAGACAUCAUCCGAAUGACAAUCGAAUAAGUCAAUGAACCACUCCCCUUGAUGAACUAAGUAUUGUCUCUACACAUGCACAACGUCAAACGAUAUCGAUUUGUUUUGUUUUUUGUUUUGUUUUUUGAUCUAUUCGAAUCAUUUCUGUUCACGUUUUUAAGCUCCCGAGUGAUUGAACAUCAAUUGAUUAUCACAUUUAAAUACACAUAUAAAGUGAAGAAAUGAUUGCCAACAUCAAAGGAGUAUCGUUCGAAUCAAAAUAAUUUUUAUAAACUCCCAUCAUAAUUUUUUUGUUGGCGAAAACUAAUUAAUCAUUAAUUAAAAACCGGAUCAUCAUGGCUCGCAUCAGAGACGAAUGGGAUCGAUUAAUUGAACUGUUCGCUGAGAUAGCAAUACCACAAUCAAACUCUAAUGAUUCGAAUGGUGGUGAAGAAGAGGAACCAUGGAUUCUACGCACAUAUCCAGCUGAUUAUUCAAAUCGUGAAGUUCUUGGUUCAGUGCCACAUUUUGCCUAUCCUUGCCCUUUUAAAUGCGAUGUGAUCACACAUUUUUCAUUCGUAUUGACGAACAUGAAAUCUAAGUGGACGUUCGGCUAUUGUCGUCAUACGCCCGAUAAUGAUACCUGUUUGGUCAUACUCAGCGAUCUUCCUUGGCAUUCCACAUUCUAUAAAAUAUUGGAUCAUUGUGCUGAAUUGGCCACUCGAAAGUCUUCCAUUCCAUUGGAACGAUUCCUAGAAUCUCUGUACACAAGUGAUAUACCACAGCCUGGAUUACAGCUGACCAUUACGUAUACGGUGGAGGAUAUUAAACUAAAAGAAUUCAGUGCUCCAUGUCCUGAUCACCAUAAGUUACCAUCGAUUCCCGAAGAUCGUAACAUUACAGAAUACUAUAAUGCCAUAUCAGCAUCCAAUAUGAUCGCUAUAUUUGCAUCUAUGCUGAACGAACGGAGAAUUGUGAUGACAUCCGAACGGCUAAAUCGAUUAUCGGCCUGUAUACAGGCAGCCAACAUGCUAAUCUAUCCGAUGCAUUGGCAGCACAUCUUCAUUCCAUUAUUACCACGUACUCUUAUCGAUUAUUUGACUGCUCCAAUGCCAUUUUUGAUUGGUGUUCCACAACAAACGUUUGAACGACAUGUUCGAUUAGCCGAGUUAGGUGAAAUUGUAUGGCUAAAUGUGGACACUAAUCAACUCAAUACACCAUUCGAUGAUGUUUCCACUAUACCAAGUGACGUAUUGCAUCACCUACGUAAAUGUUUUAAACAACAGCAGCCUGCUGCAUUACUUGGAGAUGGCUUAAGCCGAGCGUUUUUACGUGCACUAGUUAUGCUAAUCGGAGGCUACCGUGAAGCUCUUACAUUCGCCCAUGGACAGCAGAUAACAUUCGAUCGAGACGCUUUUGUAUCAAAUGUACGAGGAACGUCACGUCAAUUGUUCCUGGAAAACAUGCUACAACUGCAGAUAUUCCAGCAGUUUAUAGAAUCAAGAUUAGACAUGCUGAAUCGAGGCGAACGUCACAUUGAUCAAUUCGAAAUUGAACUCAACCACGCCGAACAUAGUGUAGGGGUGACCAAUAGUCGUUUUCGAAACCAAUAUCGCGAAUGGACAGCAACCAUGCGUAAAGAAGGUGGUGCCUUUCUUCGAGCAGUCAAUCCCCGAGUUAAAUCGGCCUUAUUCCAAGGUAGACAAGCCAUCCGACAGUUGCGGCAGAAGAUGACCAACAAUGGUCCAGUAAAUCAUGGAUCCAAUCACGUAGACAGACCAAGUAGUGAACCAAGUAGUCCGAAAUUGCCGCCAAUUAUCAAGAAAUCAAUAAGUGGUACCUUUGUGCCUACAUCGACCAGUCGAACGGUUACUUAUGUACGUAAUCCUUCGUCACAGUAUUCAAAUACCGGGACAAAUCGAACUGCCCUUGGAACGAGAUCUAUACCAAAUGGAAGCGGGCAACAAACAAAGAAUGGUUGUUUGGCACCAUCUAUAGCUUCAUCUGAAUCUUCGGACAUUGAAGAUACCGAUGUGUUCAGUACUCCACCAUCGACAUUGAGCCCGUAUAAACAUCGGUCACAAUCAGAACAGCCAAUGUCAACCACUCUACGGCAACAGUUAGAAUGUUUAUUCAAUCAAACAAACCAGGAAGAACAAUCCAGAAUAACGAAUAAUGGUUGCCCGGAAUCUUCGAGCAAUCGCCUAGCGGUUCCACCACCACCACCACCACCACGUACUAAUCAGCUUACCACAAAAACGAGACCAACACUUAAUCUUUCUUCCGGUACAAGUGAAAUUGGUGGUCAGCGGCAACCUUGUCUCAUUGAAUUUGAUUCACCUCCUCGAGAUGUAGCCAGCGGUUCUGUUCAAACAGCUGGUGCAUUCAAAACAUAUCCACAUCAUCAUUUUAUGUUUGAUCCAUUACUCGAAACGAAUAACAAUCAUAACAACAAUAACAAUUCAAAUCCGGUUAAUGUUACACGUGGCGAACAUGAUGAACAGCCAUAUGAACAUUUAUUAAUGAUGGAUUCACAAGAAUCUACAUCGCCAUCGAUUCUUCCAUUGCGUGUAUCUAAUUCAAAUUUUUAUGUCACCACAAAACCACCGGUUGCACCAAACAAAUCUAGAUCGUCAAACGUUGGUAGUGGUGGUGGUGGUGGUAGUGGCGCUGGCGCUACAUCCAAUCAUAAUCGUUAUGGUUGGCAAAUGUUUGAUUGAUUACCGGAAAAACAUCUGUAUAUAUUAUUUAUAUUAUAUUAUUUGUUGAAUUUAAUAAAAUUCAA